UUAACAGGAAAAUGCUGAUCAUACUCCAUUUACUGCUGUUACUCAGAGCGGGACGUUGCACAGAUGAUCUGAUCUUUGAGACAAAGGUUGUUGGUGUUGGAGAUGAUGUGAAUUUGACGUGUGCUCGACAGAAAUCUGGUGAUGAUGACCCCGAUCCCGCUGCACGCUUAUAUUGGAUCAGGCUUGUUUCUGGAAACUUGCCUGAAUUCUUGGGAGGAACAUUUAGCUUUGAUUACAAGAGUGUUAAUACGACUCCUCGCAUUACAGCAAAACAAGAGCCUGGAACUUUUCUUCUGCAUAUUAGUAAAACAGAGCGAAGGGAUACUGGAUUUUAUUACUGCAUAAAAGUAACAAUACUUGACAUGAAAUUUUUGAGAGGAACAUUUCUGAGAAUUAAAGGACCAGAACCAGAUAUCACUGACAUCAUUCAAGUCUCUCCAUCUGAUCCAGUCCAUCCAGGAGACUCAGUGACUCUGCAGUGUUCAGUCCUCUCUGACUCUGAGAUGAAAACAUGUCCAGGAGAUCACAGUGUGUUCUGGUUCAGAGCUGGAUCAGAUGAGUCUCGUCCCAGUUUCAUUUAUACUCAUGGAAACAGUGGUGAUCAAUGUGGACAGAGUCCUGAAGCUCACUCUCCACAGAAAUGUGUCUACAGCUUCUCUAAGAACGUCAGCUCCUCUGAUGCUGGGACUUAUUACUGUGCUGUGGCCACAUGUGGACAGAUAUUAUUUGGAAAUGGAACCAAACUCAACAUUGAAGCACACAACGUGUGGGAUUUACAGACGGCCAGUACACUUCUGAUUCUGUUAUGUGCUGCUUUGGUUAUAAGUCUGAUCGUUAUUGCCAUCCUGAUUUAUCUCAUCAAGAAGAAAACUUGUGAUUGUUGCAAAGCUGCAGUUUCUCUGCAAACAGAUUCUGCAACAGCCAGUGGUAAUCAGAAAAGUCAUUUGAGAGAUGAGGACUCAUUGGUUUAUUCUGCACCAACGUUCACCAGUCGGAAAGCUGGUAAAGCAGAGAGAAGGAACACAAGAACAGCAGAAGGAGAGACAGUCUACACUGAUUCUCCAUGCACUUUAAAAGUAACUGAAGUUGUUCCAGAUACCUCCGCUCUCAAAAGCGGUUGCACAGAUGAUCUGAUCUUUGAGACAAAAGUUGUUCGUGUUGGAGAUGAUGUGAAUUUGACGUGUACUCUCCAGGACUUUGAUGCCAAUACACGUUUAUAUUGGAUCAGGGUUGUUUCUGGAAACUUGCCUGAAUUCUUGGGAGGAACAUAUAGAUUUGAUUACAGAAGUGUUAAUACGACUUCUCGCAUUACAGCAACAAGAAAACAUGGAUUUUUUCUUCUUCUUAUUAGUAAAACAGAGCUAAGUGAUAAUGGAGUUUAUUACUGUAUGAAAAUAAAACAACUUGACAUGAAAUUUUUGAGAGGAACAUUUCUGAGAAUUAAAGGACCAGAACCAGAUAUCACUGACAUCAUUCAAGUCUCUCCAUCUGAUCCAGUCCAUCCAGGAGACUCAGUGACUCUGCAGUGUUCAGUCCUCUCUGACUCUGAGACGAAAACAUGUGCAGGAGAUCACAGUGUGUUCUGGUUCAGAGCCGGAUCAGAUGAAUCUCAUCCCAGUUUCAUUUAUACUCAUGGAAACAGUGGUGAUCAAUGUGGACAGAGUCCUGAAGCUCACUCUCCACAGAAAUGUGUCUACAGCUUCUCUAAGAACGUCAGCUCCUCUGAUGCUGGGACUUAUUACUGUGCUGUGGCCACAUGUGGACAGAUAUUAUUUGGAAAUGGAUCAAAACUCAACAUUGAAGCACACAACACGUGGGAUUUACAGACGCCUCUGAUUCUGUUAUGUGCUGCUUUGGUUAUAAGUCUGAUCGUUAUUGCCAUCCUGAUUUAUCUCAUCAAGAAGAAAACUUGUGAUUGUUGCAAAGCUGCAGUUUCUCUGCAAACAGAUUCUGCAGCAGCCAGUGGUAAUCAGAAAAGUCAUCUGAGAGAUGAGGACUCAUUGAUUUAUUCUGCACCAACGUUCACCAGUCGGAAAGCUGGUAAAGCAGAGAGAAGGAACACAAGAACAGCAGAAGGAGAGACAGUCUACACUGAUGUCAGGGCUUUACCAUAGAUUAGCUGUUGACUUGUUCAUUGAAGCUGAUAUAAUUUAUGUCUGUCACACUGUGGGAAAUCUGCUGCUUUACAUCAGUGUCACAUCUAAAUACUUUAUUUCAAUAACCUUAAAAGUGUUUAUCGUAUCAUUUUGACAUUAUAUUUUGUCCAGUUUCCUGCCAUGACUGUAAGAGUUUUUCACUUUUUAAUAAGUAUAAUGGAUUUUAGUGAUAGUCUCUGGAAUUAUGUGUCUCAUAUCUAUUCAUACUUUCUUCACUUCAACAUUUCCUUUUUCAUUAUGAUCUUCUAAGAGGUUUAACAUGUUAACACUCAAACAGGCUUUUUGGAAGAUUUAAUGUGACAGAGUUGGAGGGUUGAGGGACAUUUCCUGUCUUUCUCCUUUUUGUCUGAUAUAGAGUUCUAUGGCUUUUAACUGUGUAUCUGAGUCAUGUAAAACAAUUGUUUCAAUUAAAAUGAA